AUGCAGGUUGAAGUCGACCCCAAGGAGGACACUGAGUGGAACGAUAUUCUGCGCCAACAUGGUAUCAUUCCUGAGAAGCCCAAGGAUCCGGAGCCUCUGAUCCAAGAGGCCCUGAUCGCCGCACAGCACAGAGCGCACGAGAACCGACUCGAGGAUAAAGACCUCGAUGAGCUGGACGCACUGGAGGAAGAGGAAGACGAGGAAUUCCUCGCAAGCUAUCGUGACAAACGACUCGCCGAGCUCUCCAAGCUCCAAAAGACCAGCCUCUACGGCCAAGUGUACCCGCUGCAGAAGGUCGACUAUGCUCGCGAAGUCACAGAAGCCUCGAACAGUGCUUACGUCCUCGUCAACCUCACAUCAAUGGGUGGCAAUGUCGAAUCGCGCGUGUUGACAGAGCUCUGGCGCCAGUUGGCCGUCAAGUUUGGCGACAUCAAGUUCUGUGAGAUUCGUGCCGACAUGUGCAUUGAGGGUUACCCGGAGAAGAACACACCCACUAUCCUUGUCUACAAGGAUACUGAGAUUAAGCGACAGCUUAUCACACUGCAACAGCUGAAGGGUCCCCGGACCAAGGUCGAAGACGUUGAGCGUCUGCUGGUUGACCUUGGCGCUUUGAAGGAAGGCGAUGUCCGUCUGAAGAAACGCGACGACGAAGACGACUACAAGAAAGAUGAUGACCUGAACAUUGAAGAUUAUGACGACGACUGGGACUAA